AUGUAUGGCGUUUGCAACGACGAAGACCUAUACUGUGCCACCCCGGGUCCACCUCGACGAAAUACAGAAACUGAUCUUCAGAAGGUUUGCGGGAUAUCGGGUGAAAUGGCCUGCUGUGAUUCCAAGCAGUUAGGAGUGCUUACAAGCAGCCUUCUCAAGCUUGCUAUGCUUGUUAAGUACACAACCGACGAUCCUAAAUGCUAUGACGGUCUUGUAAGAAUACUUUGUGACCUGACAUGCAGUACCACACAAAUGAAAUUUCUCAAAGUGACUUCGAUUGGUGCAGGUAAUACGGUUAAAGCCAUCCAAUACAACAUAUCGAAGGAGUAUACACAGGCUACCUUCGAUGCUUGCGCUCAAAUAGAAAGCAGUCUUUUUGGACAAGCUAUCAGUUACAUAUGCGAUAAACCAAACUGUGGAAUGGAGGAUUUUUUUCGGAGUUUUGGUAAAAGCACUGACAACGGCGGACAAGCUCCAUAUCAGAUUGAUUUUAACUUUAUUGUUCCCGAUACAAUUUCUACGAUCCGCACAACAACCGAAGUUUUAGCAACUGCCAUUAAGAGCGAACCUGCUCAGUCCGUUCAAAGUCCAGCCGUCAACUGGAUUCGUGAACACGUGUGGUGGUUUUCAAUGAUCUUUGUCUUCUUGGGUCUCACACAAAUAUUUCUACUCAGUCUUCUUGUUAUGUGGUGUCGUCAACGACAGGAGGAUGAAACCUCUAGUGUCUACAAGGCAUCACCUCCAAUCAGUUGCUAUUCAAAAAUUGGGGCUACCAUCCAGUAUGGCAUAUCCUGGUUUUUCCAGCGUCAGGGAGCUCUUGUGGCUCGAUUCCCUCUUCUUACACUGGCGGCAGUCUGUGUAGUUUUGACAGUGCUCUUCUGUGGAUUCACCCGUUUUCGCGUGACAACAGAUCCCAUAGAGUUGUGGAGUGAUCCAAGCUCGCGAGCACGCCUUGAAAAGGAUUACUUUGAUAAACAGUUCGGCCCUCACUACCCCACUGCUGUCCUCUUAGUUGUUUUCCUACGCAUUGCAUUCACAAUGGUGAUAAUUAGGACAGUUCUGACCGCUUGA